GGAGGCGGAGCGGGCGGUGUAAACAGACCCGGGAGCCGCGAGCCCCGGAGGAGGCGCGGGCGGCGCCGCCAUGGACUUCCAGAAGCUGGCAGAUGUCGCGGAGAAGUGGUGUUCCUGCACGCCCUUCGAGCUCAUCGCCGCCGAGGAGACCGAGCGCAGGAUGGACUUCUAUGCCGACCCGGGCGUAUCCUUCUACGUGCUGUGUCCCGACAACGGCUGCGGCGACAGUUUUCACGUGUGGAGCGAGAGUGAGGACUGCCUGCCCUUCUUGCAGCUGGCACAGGAUUACAUCUCUUCCUGCGGCAAGAAGACGCUCCAUGAAGUCUUGGAAAAAGUCUUCAAGUCCUUCAGACCUCUGCUGGGGCUUCCAGAUGCAGAAGACGAAACAUUUGAAGAGUACAAUGCAGAUGUGGAGGAAGAGGAGCCAGAGGCAGACCACCCACAAAUGGGGGUCAGUCAGCAAUAAACUCCUAGGUCACCUUCUGGAAGGGGAGUAAGCGCUGUGCUGCCAGUGGGGUCCUGGGAUCCUGGGGUAGCCUUUUGUAUUAGCUCUUCAAAACAGGACACCUGGCUCCUGACAUCCAAGUGAAAAUGAAAUACCUUUUACAUGACCACACAAUAUCUGUGAUGCGCUUCACUCAGAAGUGAUCAGAAUUUCUGCCCCGCCUUGGCGGGGUUUCUAUGGAGAUGUCUCAGUAGCCUCUGCCGCUUUGAAGUUAGAGUCCAUGUUGUGGCUGCCCGUUCCCUCUUGAGUUUAUGUUGGAGAAUUAACGUUUGCUGAUUGGAAUGUAGAGAACGCUGAAUGUAUUAAGGAUGUGUUUUGAGUCCUCACAGGUGACCUUGCUGAGGAAAAGCAUGACAGAGGAGAAAUGCAGCCUGUACUUUUUAUGUACCUUUUAAGUGUCCGUAAGUGAAAGGUUUUGCUUAGAAAGCAUGAGUUCUAAUACCUAGUCGUGAACUUCACAAGUGCACAUGCAGAGGGUGAGGGUGGCUGAGGCUCCUUGCAGAGGUUCGCCACUGCUGAAUGGGUCACCUGGGUAUGUAGCAGUCAGCCGCUGGUUAGUGUAGAUGUUUCGUGGUUGUUCGAUCGUAUUCAAACAUGCUAAUUCCAAAGCCACUUUUAAAUUCUAAUAGUGGAAAGUAUAGAUGGGGUAAAAGAUAUAAAUUAUUGAUUCCUUGAAGCUGUUUAUAAACCUGCAUAUGAAAUGAAACCUUUACCGUCUCUCUUUAUGGUGAGACGAGAAGACAACUUGUUAAAUCACGAAGACAACCAGAAUCCGAGUAAGUGCCCCUUAAGCUUUGAAGCCAUAGAGUAAAUCUAAUAGGAAAAUAAACCAGGAUAAAAAAAAAA